UUGUCUCUUUUUCUCAUCUACACUCUAACCGUUUAGCGGAUAUCGUGGACAUGGGUUCUGUGUCGGGUUCGGGUAAGAUCCACCACUGGAACGUGUUCGACGGCGUGAAGAUAAUCGCGGCGACGCCCGAGGCGCUGAUGGCGGAGAUUGAUUCUGCGAUCUCGGCUAUGGAACACUCACGCGCCACCGCUAUGCUCGACGAAGACGAGGGAUACGACGCGCGCGUGGCCGACGAGGCCUACAAGGCGGGCUGCGCCGCCCUCGCCGCCGGAAAGCUAGACGAGGCGCUCCGGUCACUGAACCUCUCUCUCGCGAAGUGCCCUCCCGACAAAGCCUCCGCGCUCGCAAAACUCAACUCGCUCAUCGCUCUCGCUUCUAACCACCUUCAAGCCUCCUCCAAAUGACAACGCGUCGUUUCGUCUCGUCGCGAUUCUUGUGAAUCUUGAACUGAGAUUACAAAGGAUGCUCUGAGGGUUUUCACUCGUGUUACUACUCUUCGUUAAUUAGGAGUGACAUUUGCAACGAAAGUUAGCUGGCGUAUUCAUGUUUUAAGAAUUAUCCCUCCAACAAUGAACCCAUCCCUUCUCAUUUUCACUCCCUUAACUCCCACACCGAAGAAGCUUGCAUUUCUCAACCUUCAGCAACUUCACCUUAAUUCUUUUGCUCAUCUAUUUUUUAUGGCUCCAAAAGUGAAUUUCAUAGUUUCUAGUGAAUUACAUAAUCAUAAGCAUUGUCUCUCCAUCUUCCCUCCAUCUUCCGGUCAGUCAGGUUUGCGAUUGUUCGCCUUCUUCAUCUUCAUUCGCCCAGUUGUGGGUAUUUCAUUUUAUGGUUUCGUAGAAUAUUGUUUGCAAUUCGUUAUUCCCUCUCUCUUUGCUGUUGAAGAUGUAGGUUGUAGGGUGUGUUUCUACA